GACUCGAGGAACUCUAUGAACCAGCACCACGUACGAGGCAUAAUGUUAAGCACACGCUAGGCGAGCUUUUUACUGCAUAAUCAUUCGUCCUCAGAAUGUCGAGCAGUACUAGUGGUGCCGGUGAGCCCCGAAUUGAGGACUCGCACACACUGGCCAGUCCAUGGCCUGCUCCCCCUCAGGCAAUGUUAACGCCCGAUGAUCCUUCAGCUGCAGAACCAGCACGUCGUCGGUUGGCCCCAAAGACUCGAUUCCGUAUAUUUUCUUUCCUUACCAACCUUUUCACUUGCUGCAACUCUAAGCGUCACAACCCACAACCAGCGGAUUCAGAAGUCGAGGCAGACAGCUCAAGCAAGUCCGUAGGCUUACCACCCCUCGAACAAAUCAAUGAUAACACCACCACCAUCACUUUGGACAUAUCUGGUAUCUCAAAUAUCCCUGAUAUCAAUAAGGACGAGUAUCGUUGGGCUGUUGUAUAUGAAAAUCAAAGAGGUCUCACCGUAUUCUCGUCCCCGUAUUAUUCACACCUGUCACUGCUUCCCAUCGAUCCUCCACCAUUCACUAUUCCGUCCAAAUCUCUGAAACAAUCUCGGCAACCUAACAUAUCUCUCUCCAAUUAUCCCCUCCCCGAUGGUACCUGGCGCUGGGUCUCCAGAUCAUGGAUGAUUGACAUGCGCACAGAAUCGGGAGAAGUUCAAUACGACGGUUUUGAAUACAACUGGUAUUUUCGGGAAGACCACUGGCAAGCAGAGAUCGGCAAACUAAGCACUGGUGCCUGGGUGCGGAGGAGACGAUGGGUAAGACUUAUGAUGCGUCCAGCACAGCAUACAGUAGGGCACUCGGAGGGAAGUUCAAGUCCAUCCACUGGCAAGAGCAGGCUGUCUGACCGGCCUUUGGACACGAGUUUUGUCUCUCUCGUUCACCCUCAAUCGGAGAUCGCGCUUGACCAGCUCGCUCGAGAGGCUGGCCUGGAAUGGGAAGGAAAUGAACAAGAUUGGGUGCGCUGUCGUCUCCUGAUGCGAAAGCUCGGUCGAGAUGGUCGCAAACUUGAACUUUGGCGCAUGUGGCUUUCGCCGUACCUUUCUGAUGUUUCUAAUACCAACCUGGUGGGCAAAGGGAAGGGUCCUGAAUAUGAUUCUUCUCCACCCAUGAGAUUGGGAAAUGAUGGUUCGGACAUCCAAAAUCCACCUCUUGAAUACUUGGGAGUACUCCUUCGGAACCACGGAGAUGCAGUACUCCGAUCAUUUGUCUUCCCAGAUUCAAGAGCGCAGUUAAUCGACCUUAUAAAACGUGCUGGCCUGGCUUGUGAGUUAGGACGAAGCCUCGGAGAUGACUUCUCUUCCACUGAGGUGGACUUCUGGAGCUACUUGAAGGGCUUGGGCAAAGAUGAUUAAGCACGGCGGGUUUGGAAAGAAGAACUCUGUGAUGAAGAUGAGGCGCGACUUCUGGUGGAGAUCAGUGGAUGGGAUAUGCCAGUGUAUAAUUUAAAUAACUUAAUACUGUACAGAUAAAACUCGAAAGUAAGUUAACCAAGUUUUUGAAUUUGAAGUUGCA